CGUUUGGCUUUUCAGAUUCAAUGACUGAAUUUCCAUCACUUUCAGCAAAUCUAAUCCAAUCGAUGAAAAAUACAUUCCACCAAGACUAUCUGCAGGAUCUAGAAGAACUAUCUAGAACAAAAGAAGUCACCAAAACCAUCAGCCUUAAUAGAGAUAUGUCCGACUCUCCACUUCGGCUUCUUCAAUUCCAUCGAAACUUGGAAGCCCUCUUGAAACAGAUGGAUAACUCUGAAGAAGCGAAUAAAGACAAGUUCAAAUUCUCCCAACAUAUUCUAGACCUCAAGAAACUUGGAUCUGGCACCCCACAAUCUGAAGAGAAGGAUUCAGUCACUAGCAGGAGAGGAGGAAGGCUCACAUUUCCUGCUGUUCACCUACCUCCUGAACCCGUCUCCAUGCCUGCUUCCAGACUCCAGUUGCCACCAUUGCCACCAGGGACAUUUACAAAUGUUGCAAAAACGCCUUCAUCCAAAUCUGUCAAAACACUCGGAGAUGAUCAGGAAAAGAAGGACUCUUCCACCCAGCGCUUCCUGGGAAUCGGCAUCUUGACCUGCGUCAUAGUGUCAUUUUUGCUGAUGGCCUUCAUAGCGGUGGGACAGAUAAUGAUUUGGGGGCAUUUAAAACUACUGGUGCUCAACAAUGCACAAAACAUCAGCGGGAGCGAUGACCGGGAGGCAAACGACAGUGAAGGUGAUGGUGACAGCAUUCCCAUGACAGAUCACGACGAGCACAGUGCAGACUCUGUUGAGUUUGGUAAUGAGUCAUUCGGUUACCCUUAUCCCCCACCUGUCAAACUCGGCCUCUCCUCUUCCACUGCCAUCUAUUAAAUAAGGUCCCACCCUACUCACGCCCACCUGCCCCCUUCACAACUGUCCGUCCAGUAAAAUCCCAUCCCCUCUUAUGACCAUCCUAACAAGCCCGUAGUAGUAUU